AUGAGGUAUGACGGGAAACAAGACCCGCAGGAGCACCUCACGGCCUUUGAGGCCCGAAUGAACCUCGAGGGAGCGGGAGACGAGGUAAGGUGCCGCGCCUUCUCGGUCACCCUAGCAGGCCCUGCGAUAUGGUGGUUCAAUAGCCUCUCGCAGGGCUCCAUGGUCGGUUUCUCGGACAUCAGCCGCGCCUUCUUAGCCCAAUUCACCACCAGAAUUGCGAAGGCCAAACACCCGAUCAAUCUGCUCGGUGUCACUCAGAAAGCCGAUGAGACCACCAGAAAGUACCUAGAUCGCUUCAAUGAUGAAUGCUUGAAAAUCGAGGGGUUAACAGAUUUGGUGGCGAGUCUCUGCCUGACGAACGGACUUCUUAACGAGGACUUCAGAAAGCAUCUCACCACGAAGCCGGUCUGGACGAUGCAAGAGAUCCAAAUGGUAGCGUGUGAAUACAUUAAUGAUGAGGAAGUCAGCCGAGUGAUGGCUGCCAACAAAUGGCAGCCCUCCUAUACUCAGCCCAGGCAACAUGGCAACGGAGAAAGACAGAAGGAGCACGCCAGAGAUGGCGGCCCAAGCAGGACACCUAGACCGUUUCCUCGCGUGGGGAAGUUCACCAACUACACUCCCCUCACUCUCCCCAUCAUAGAAGUCUACCAACAGAUAGCUGUGAAGGGAAUCUUGUCGAAGCCCCAUCCACUGAAGGACCAGACUGGCGGUAACAAAAGCCUUUACUGUGAUUACCAUAAGGGCUACGGACACAAAAUGUAG